AGUUGAUGACGCUUCCGGCGCCCAGCAGCCCUGUGGUUGCCUCGGUGAUGUCGUGGGUUCAAAGGGCUCACUUGGUCGGGGGUCCCGGAGAGGAGGGGGACGUGUUUGACGAGGAAGCGGACGAGUCGCUCCUGGUGCAGCGGGAAUGGCGGAGCCACAUGCAGAGACGAGUCAAAGAAGGCUAUAGAGAUGGAAUAGAUGCCGGCAAAGCAGUUACUCUUCAACAAGGCUUCAACCAAGGUUACAAGGAAGGUGCCGAAAUCAUUAUAAACUAUGGACAACUCCGAGGAACAUUGAGUGCCUUGCUCUCCUGGUGUCACCUUCAUGAUAAUGGUUCGGCUCUGAUCAGUAAAAUAAAUAAUCUUCUGGAUGCAGUUGGCCAGUGUGAAGAGUAUGUGCUCAAACAUCUAAAAUCAAUCACUUCCCCGCCCCACGUUGUAGAUUUAUUGGACUCUAUUGAGGAUAUGGACCUUUGUCACGUAGCUCCAGCUGAGAAAAAGAUGGAUGAAGCUAAAGAUGAAAGACUCUGUGAAAAUAACGCUGAGCUUCACAAAAACUGCAGCAAGAGCCUUAGUGAGGCAGGUUGUUCAUCUUUAGAAUGUUGUGGAAUACAGGAGCGUGAACAUUCUAAAAACCCAAGCCUCACUUGGAUUUUAGAACAGACAGCCGGUUUAGUAAAACAGCUGGGAAUAUCACUCGACAUAUUACAGCACCUCAAACAACUAUAAAAAUUCUCUUCACUUUUUUGAUGAAAGUAAUGUUCGUAACAUGUCUUAGAACAUUUUGUUUUUUAACAAACUAACCAAAAUUUGUACCAGUUUCUACGUUGAACACAUCAUUUGAAGGUUAUCCUUCAUGGAAAUGUGCAAUAUCUUCAAAAUUAACACUAUUAAAUGUAAUAAGAGCUUUUUUCUUUGCCACUGGUAAUUUUUAUGUCAUUUAAGAUAUGCUCAGAGACUUGAGUUGUCAUUGUCAUUUUCAAGUUUCUGAUCAAAAUCAAGCAUUUUUCAGACUCAUUAGCAAAUGUGAAAAAGAAUCAAACACAUUUUGUAAGGACCUAACCCUGCUUUCCUGAUUUUGUCACCAUCAAGUGGUUAGGGCCUUACCACCAACUAAUCAGGCCAAAGUUACCAUAAAUAAUCUAGUAGAGGGGCGCCUGGGUGGCUCAGUGGGUUAAGCCGCUGCCUUCGG